CCUCCCAACUUCCUCUGCGGCGCUCUUCCUGUUCCUCAACCUCCGCCACCAGAGGCCCUGUGACUCCGCCGCCGCGGCAGCUAGGGCACGGGCUCCCGGCGACUGGGUGUCUCUCGCCGCAGGCCCCGUCGAAUGGAUCGCCGGCAGUUAGGUCGUCACAAUCCAUAGAGUAGGGGCAGGCAACGCCGUCCCCAGCAGGAGCAGCAGGCAGCAGUCCGCACGGCAGCAUCGCGGCACGCGCAGCUCUCGCGAGUGCGACGGUGCCGGCGCAUCUAUUGCCGCCGCCGCCGCCUGUCCGGCUGGUUCGCGGUGCGCCGUGCGCCCGCGUCGGCAGACCGCCGGCUGCCGGAGGCACGGAUCCCUCCUCGCUCGCGAAGUCGCCUCUCGCCGGCUCGCCCGUCGUCGCCUCGUCGGCAGCUCGUAGAUUGGUUCCUCUUCGGCUCCGUGGCCGCGUGCGCGCCGUCCCGGAAGGCAUCAGGCUGUCUUCCACUGUCAGAGGCCACCUUGAAUCUGCGUCCAUUGUAAUUGACUCCUCUUCUGCUGCUGGAGGUGCAGAUCCAUCCAGACUUGGACUGCUCUUCUCAUCUCUGGGUAAUGGAAGCCCUAUCUUUCCUGGAUGGAUAAUUCUAAGAGACCUGACGUUGCCAUAGGUUCUAUUUGCACCUGAGAAGUGAACUAAUUCAAGUUGUUGGUACACUCAUUGGAUGGUUUAAGAAAGGGCCUGGAAGCCUUGUGUGGAUAACAUUUGUGUUAAGGCUGUUAAGCUUGGGAACCGAUUCGGUAAUCAGCACAAUGGAGUGCAACAGAGAAGAGGCCUUGAAGGCCAGGGAAAUUGCUAUUAAGAAGUUGGAAAACAAAGAUUUUGUUGGUGCUAAAAGGAUUGCCCUUAAAGCACAGAGAAUUUUUCCACAGCUUGAGAACAUACCCCAGCUGUUAACUGUCUGUGAAGUACAUUGUGCAGCAGAAGCAAAGAUAAACGGGAUGUUGGAUUUCUAUGGAAUUCUCCAAGUGGAAGGGACAGCGGAUGAGAUGACCAUAAAGAAGCAAUAUCGUAAGCUUGUCCUCUCACUUCACCCUGAUAAAAACAGUUAUGUUGGUGCAGAAUCCGCUUUCAAGUUUGUUGCAGAAGCAUACUCAACAUUGUCUGAUCGAGCAAAACGAUAUGCAUAUGACAUCAAAUGGAGGGUUGCUUCUAAAGCUGCACCAAAGCAGGCUACACAACCGACACAGGCUGCAGAACCAACACGGGCUACACAACCGAAACAGGCUGCCAAACCAAAGCAGGCCGCCAAACCAAAGCAGGCUGCCAAACCAAAACCGGCUACUCAACCUAAUCUGGCUGAGGAAACAAAUCAGGCUACACAGCCAAUGCAGGCGACAGAACCAAAACAGACCAAUCAACCGAAGCAGUCUACAGAAGCAAUGAAGACUACAGAGCCGAUUAACAAAAAUGAUGCAGAUAAAAGUAGCACGGCAGGAUAUGGAACAUCAGGUUCACCAACCACUGAUAAGUGGACUUUCUGGACUGUGUGCACCCACUGUAAAACAAAAUACAAGUACUACGGUAACAUUCUGAAUCGUCAGAUCCGCUGUCAGAACUGCAGGCAGAAUUUUUUUGCAAACAACAUAAAUAAAGAAGAUGUGCCUCCUCUAUUCUCAUCGAAAGCAGCCAAUGGUGCUGCGCAACAGGGCUGUGUUCCCACUCAACAAGGCUGUUCUACUAAUUUCUCUUCUAGAGAGAACCAACAGGCAAGGCCUGUGAUGAAUGGAGCACAAUAUGGUGAACAAAUGAAGAGCGGUUCAAAACCAAGUGGUGAGGGUAUGUUUAAUCAUACAGAGACAAGUGAACAAGGGGGGGAUACAUCAGCAGAGCCAGGUGCUGCAGGGAUCCCUAGUCCACGGAGAUCUUCUAGGAGAAAAGCAUUUAUUGAUGCCAACAACAUUCUGAAUUCUCCAAAGAAAAAGAGUCGGACAAUAAAAGAUUGGUUCUCAAAUGCUGCCCCCAGUUCUAAUAAAGUGUUUGAUGAUAAUGCUGCCCAUGCUGAUGGACCGGCUAGUGAACCUCAUGUCUCCAGCAAAACAAAUAACCAAGAGAAAGGUUGUACCGUCAAUGAAAGCAAUCAAAUGAAUUACAAAGAAGCUCAUGAUACAGCUGCUGAGAAGCCUUGCAAUGCUGGGGGCUUCACGUACCCUGAUCCAGAAUUUUAUAACUUUGAUAUGUUCAGGAGUGUCAAUCUGUUUGCAGUUGAUCAGAUAUGGGCACUUUAUGAUGACCAAGAUGCCAUGCCGAGAUAUUAUGCUAGAAUAAGACGUCUUGAUACUACCAGCUUCAGAGUUAAGUUCACUUGGCUGGAGCAUGAUGCAGUGAAUGAUGAGGAGUACGAAUGGACUGAUAAUAACCUGCCUGUUGCUUGUGGGAACUAUACCCUAGGAAAGACAGAGGUGUCACAAGAUCCCCUCAUGUUUUCUCACAUUGUUUCAUCAUGGGUGCAAGGCAAAAAAAGGGGUUCUUAUGUAAUACAUCCAAGUAAAGGUGAGGUAUGGGCUCUUUAUAAAGGCUGGAGUAUGCAGUGGACCUCAGAUGCAGAUAAUCAUAGAUCUUAUGAGUACGAAGUUGUGGAGGUCCUUUCAAACUUCACAAUGGAAACUGGUGUCACUGUUGUCCCCUUGGUCAAGGUUGAAGGUUUUGUGAGUCUUUUUGCAAAAGCAAAGGACAAAUCAUCAUUUGUUAUACCAUCAAGCGAACUACUUCGAUUUUCUCACAGCAUCCCAUUUUUCAGAACAAGGGGUAAUGAGAAGGUUGGCGUCCCAUCUGGAUUUCUUGAACUAGAUGCUGUAUCACUUCCUAGUAACCUGGAUGUAGCAUUUCCACCAGUUGCUCUUGACUCUUGUGUGCCUAUCGACAGUACAAUGAACAGUGGGUUUGUUGACUUGACCGAUACUACACCUGGCCCUGGAAAUGGACAAAGUGCUCAAAAGGGCAAUAAGAGAAAAGGAGAAAGGCAGAAAAAUCAUUCCCUUCAAACUCCUGCUCAGCAGCCUAAUGCUGGUCAUGUUAGUGUGUCUGGUGAUUCCACUCAGCAAGGCUAUCCCUCUCCCACGAUUUUCACAUAUCCAGAAACAGUAUUCUACAACUUUGAAGAAGACCGUUCAUAUAAUAAGUUUGAACGAGGACAGAUAUGGGCUCUUUACAGUGAUUUUGAUAAACUUCCCAAGUACUAUGGUUGGGUUACCAAAGUUGAUCUGGAUCCAUUCAGUGUGCAUCUGACUUGGCUGGAAGCUAGCCCUCAAUCAGAACAGGAGAAUAUGUGGUUGGAGCAUGAGGUACCUGUGAGCUGUGGGACAUUUAAAAUCCGCAACUGGAGGAUCAAGUACAACACGACUGAUCCAUUCUCUCAUGUAGUAGUAGAUACUCAAGUUGGUUCAAAACGGCACUUUGAAAUUCACCCACAAGUAGGGGAGAUUUGGGCGCUCUACAACAAUUGGUUACCUGGCUGGGUUCCUUCAAGCAAGGAUACUUGUGAAUAUGCCAUUGGUGAGAUCACUGAGCGCACUGACGCUACCACAAAAGUCCUAUUUCUCACUCAGGUCGAUGGUUACAGAACUAUAUUCAAGCCAGACAGUGAGAGGAGUAUCCUUGACGUGCCUACAAAAGACGACAUACGGUUUUCUCAUCGGAUACCUUCUUUCCGUCUAACGAAGGAAAAGGGAGGCAAGCUCUGUGGCUUCUAUGAGCUGGAUCCAGCUUCUAUUCCUGAUCCUUUCCUCUCUGUGAGCACCCUCUGACUUGCAGAAGCUCAAUUCGGCUGCCCUGAAGCAACUAAGAUUAAUUAGUUCCAGUUAACUGAAGUGGGCGAUCAGUUCUAUUGUAUAUGUUUAUGCACGUUCAUGCGCCAGGCAACUGUGAUUUUGGGCGAAACCUUGAUAUAUGUUCCAGCUCAUAGGCCUUCAUCUUAUGCCCGUCUAAUGUUGAUGCCUGUGAAUCUGUAACCUAUUUGUUGGUAGUGUCUUUGCCUGCAGGCGAGGGCAGUGGCCCCUCUGUUAUCAGCUGCCAAACAGCUCCGCGCAAUGUAUGCUGUCUCUCAAAUCCUCAACUGUAAACUUAGGACUAUCAAUUUUAUUUGCCAUUGUUGCUGACUUGCUGUUGCCCUGAUGAUGCUGUAGGGUAGGGACCUAGCUGCAAACUUGCAAUGAAGAUUUUGUGUGCAGGGAGGCAUUCUUUCGGUUUGUGCUAAAUGCUAAGGUAGUAAUAUCAAUUAAUUUUGUUUUAAAUAUCGUGUGAAAAAAAAUUCAUGGAAAUCUUAUAGUGACAGUAGCAGGGUUGAAUUUCUAGGGUAAUCGCCCCCUUUGUAUUGGCCUUCCGUACUUGAAUGCAUGAAACCAACUUGCAAUUGCA